CACUCUUCAAGGGCAGCGAGCACAGUGUGGUUCAAGCUCCUGGGUUCUGCUGUGUUCCUGUCUGUCUCUGCUCUGUCCCUGGAGUUAGAAUGAACAUGCUUUGCAGAUCAUCUCAAAUCCGCAGAUGUGCGGCGGUCGGGUUGAGUCACUCGCUGAGCCUGGCGAGCGCGUCCACUCCGUCCAGACACAAGCACACUCUGCCCGACCUCAUGUACGACUACGGAGCUCUGGAGCCCCACAUCAGCGCCGAGAUCAUGCAGCUCCACCACAGCAAGCACCACGCCACCUACGUCAACAACCUCAACGUCACCCAGGAGAAGUACCAGGAGGCUCUAGCGAAGGGAGAUGUUACAACACAGGUGGCCCUGCAGCCUGCGCUCAGGUUUAACGGAGGCGGCCACAUUAACCACACGAUUUUCUGGACUAACCUCUCGCCUAAUGGAGGCGGAGAGCCUCAAGGUGAGCUGAUGGAGGCCAUUAAGCGCGACUUCGGCUCCUUCCAGAACAUGAAGGACAAGAUGUCUGCUGCCACAGUGGCCGUGCAGGGCUCCGGGUGGGGCUGGCUCGGCUUCGAUAAAGAGAGCGGAAGACUGCGCAUCGCCGCCUGUGCCAACCAGGACCCACUGCAGGGCACCACCGGUCUGAUCCCUCUCCUGGGCAUCGACGUCUGGGAGCACGCCUAUUACCUCCAGUACAAGAACGUGCGCCCGGACUACGUGAAGGCCAUCUGGAACGUCAUCAGCUGGGAGAACGUCAGCGACAGGCUCAAGGACGCCAAAAAGUAGACUCUAUCCCGACGACGCACCGGGAAUAUCAAGUAAUCAUUUGUACUCUGCAAAACUGUCAACACAAAACAAAGCCUAUUACAUAAACCAUUCAAAACACCCAAUCCUGUGAAUAUAAAUCAAUGUGGAAGUUAUUUGUGAUUGAUACUUUGCGGUGAAAUCACUCUGGGGGAAUAAGCAAACUGAACUUUUUUAUAUCGUCUGAAAACUCAAACCACAAAAUGGAUUUAAACACAUUUUCAGGAGCUUGUAAUCAGUAAAAAUCCUGUUUAAGUGUUUGAUUUUCAACAAAAACGUGAGAUUGACAAACUGGAAAACUGCCAACUCGCUUGUGACAGUAAUUUUACGCACAAAUAAUCUCACACGUCAGCUAUUUCUCGUCAAAUUGUGUUAAAAUAAAGCUCAGAUUAAAGCCUAACUUGAGUAACAGAGCUUCAGACCCCAUGAUUAAUGAUUUUCGCUGCAAAGUAUCAAUGGCUUUUCACCAUUGGUCCGUUCUAUCCAAAUAUGAAUGAAGCGCACAAAAACUACAACUACUUUUUCGUCAAUGUUUUUCAAUCAGUUUACGUCGGGCUAAAAGUGUUCCUACAUAUACAGAGAGAGCUGUGAAAAAUUCUAUGUGGUGUUUUUGAUGUAAUAUAAUAAAAGAGGAUUUAUAUUGAACAAA